UGGCAGGAGUGGAACUUGGAGGCUGAUUUCUGUGGCUGGAAGGCUUAUUACUACGAGUAUUAGUUCCGCCAUUACUAUCAUUUUACCAAGUUGGUUGAUCCCUUCUGUUCAUGUGAAGUUAAAAAAAACAUGAUAUAGCCUAUUUAUUAUUAUUAUGAUUGCUAAUCAAGACGCGUUAAUCAAGAUUUGAUUAACGUCAACGUUUCUUGUCUCGCUCGGAUCACUUUUCCCGUCCGGCGUCUUUUUCCUUUUUUUGGGAUUGUUUUUGACGUGGAUCCAUCAUCGCUUGGAACCCAACAUGAAACUGGUCUUGGUGGUCGAGGCUGCUGUGGCUCUUUAUCUGCUGCUCUUACCUGCACAGAGUCUACCCACAUCAGGCAUCAACAGCACUACUAAUGUGUUGCCGUUCCAAGAGGUGUGGGCUCGAAGCCUGUGUCGAACCAUUGAGAAGCUGGUGGAGGUGGUGCAGGAGUACCCGUCAGAGGUGGAGCACAUCUACAGCCCCGCCUGCGUGCCCCUGGUGAGGUGUGCAGGCUGCUGUGGGGACGAGAAGCUCGAGUGCCACCCCACCCUCACCACUAAUGUGACAAUGCAGCUGUUGAAAAUCAGGCCGGCAGAGCUUGGAGAGGAAUAUGUUGAAAUGACCUUUGUGGAGCAUCAGACAUGUGAAUGUAGAGUCAAAAACCCUGUUGUGAAGAUUGAAAGAAAACGACAAAGAGGGAAAGGACGGAGGAGAAAGGAGAAACAAAAAACGAAAGACUGUGACAGGUGCCAGAUCCCUCGAAGGUAACUGCAGCACCCAGCCAAAGCCCUGUUGCAGUGCGGCUCACUAUUUAUUUCCAGCCAAACGACAGCGUCAAGAGUCUCUGUUCGCUCUUCUUUUCAAUACCGAGUGUGCAGCCAGAGACUCCAAAAACGGCUGGGUUGUUGUGAAGACACGCCCGUCUGGUGAUGAGCGCAGUGUUUGUGAUGACAAAGUUCAACGGAAAAUGUGUUUUAAUUGGUGGAAAGCCUGUUGUUACACAGCUGACACAAUGGACACACACCUGGGAGCCAAGUGCAAUGUAGGCCCAAACAGACUGAUUACACGAGUUAUUAUCACUGUAUCGGGUAUGGUAAUUGGUACAUUUUUAUGGUAUUUAAAGGUUCUUACUCAUGCUUAAUAUCUGUAUUUAUUGACAGAAACAGCAGAAUAAAUAUGGACCAAAGGGUUGUUUCUUUCAACAACAACAAAAAUUUCACUGAUACCUGAAGUGAAAUGUCGCCCUCUAGUGUCUAAAUGGAAUAAACAAUUGUCAGUACUGUUGGAUGACAUGCACCACAGCAGAGACAGACACAGUAGACUGAGUGGAGUAUUGGAUUUUCUUUUUAGUCUACACAGUAAAGUUUUAAAAAGAACCGUGUUUAAGAGUUGUUCUGCAUCUUGUGACUGGAUAAUUAUUUCAGUCCUAAAAAUUACCAGUAUUUAUCAGUGAAUUUCAUGAACCAAAGCAAUGUCCCAAGAAAUAAUUUGUAUAAAUAAAUGAACUGU